AUGCAUCUAAUCACCCUCGUCACAUCCCUCACCGUGCUCGCCGUCACCACCGCCGUCCCAAUGGCGAGUUCAACUUCAUCUCCAACACCAACAAGCGCCGUGCCAUCUCUCUCUUCACCUUCGCACUCCGGUUCGGCAUCUGCUUCGGCAUCCGCUUCCCCUUCUGCUUCGCCGAAUCCCUUCGAGGCUUAUUCCUGCCCCAAGGGGAAGUAUAAGAACUGCUGCAUGGGUGUUGAGCAGGCGUCUCAUGAUAUCCUUAAGCCGCUGGGCGAUAUUGUUCCUAUGGUUGGUGGAUUGCAGGUUAGCUCGGCUAUUGCUUACCAGUGCAAGCCGAUGAGCGCGGAGGAGCCGCCAUAUUCUUGCUCUGGACACGGGCGUUCUCCUAUGUGCUGUGACAGCAAGGACAAUGGCCUUAUCGAAGCCUGCAAGCCUUUUGAAAAGGUCAAGCAGGACUAUUACUCCCACAGAAUGCAUCUCCCCGAAACCCAGGCCGACAUCAUCAUGGACGCUGUUACCUAA